AUGUGGGCUCUUAAUCUCUACAAGAGGCCUAAAAUCAAUGGCGCUAUGCUUGCAUCUAUAUUUCCACUUGCUAUUGUGCAUACUUUGGGGAACCUUUUCACCAAUAUGAGUCUUGGAAAGGUGGCUGUGUCUUUUACUCACACUAUUAAAGCUAUGGGGCCUUUCUUUUCUGUUAUCCUUUCUGCCAUGUUUCUUGGAGAGAGGCCUACACCAUGGGUGAUUGGUUCCCUUGUGCCUAUUGUUGGUGGAGUUGCUCUAGCUUCUGUUACUGAGGCCUCUUUCGAUUGGGCUGAGUUUUGGAGUGCAAUGGCUUCCAAUGUGACAAACCAAUCACCACCUGCAGCUAUCUUUAUGGAGAGUGUCAAAUUCACCCCUGCUUAUCUGCAAUCUGCUGGAUUAAAUAUGGUAUCACCUGUUACUCAUUCCGUCGGCAAUUGUGUGAAGCGUGUUGUGGUUAUUGUGAGCUCUGUGAUCAUCUUCGAAACACCUGUCUCUCCUGUGAAUGCUUUAGGUACUGCUGUUGGUCUUGCUGGUGUUUUCCUCUACUCAAGGGUGAAGCAAAUUAAGUCAAAGCCAAAGGCAGUUUAA